AUGUUUUAUCCAAGAGAAUCUAAACGUUUUAUAACAAUUGGACUUGCAAUCACUAGUCUUACUUUGAUCACAAUAUUUUAUAUCAGCAAUUCUUCAAACAGUAAUUAUUUCGAUUUUCCAAAGUUUCAAUUAUAUAAUACCAAUAAUUACACGCAGUCCAUUAACACAACACGUAUAUGUUGUCUGAUACUGACAACACCGAAGAAUUUUCUUACUCGAGCUAAAGCAAUUCAUGAUACAUGGGGUCCAUUGUGUGAUCGACAUUUUUUCAUCACGGAAAACUCAUCGGAGUCAAACUCAGUCGAACAAAUUAACAUCACGAGAGAACUGCCUAUCGCUCCAAUCACAAAUAUCAUACCUGGUUAUGAUCAUUUGACUCAAAAAUCAGUGUCAGCAUUUUUGUUUGCAUAUCAAAAUUAUAUAAAUGAUUUUGACUGGUUCGUCAAAGCAGAUGAUGAUACAUUUAUUAUCGUGGAAAAUCUUCGCGCAUUCUUAAGCAAACAAAAUACAUCUGAACCUGUCACGUUUGGAUAUAAUUUUAAAGUUAUUGUACCGAAAGGAUAUCAUUCAGGGGGAGCAUCUUACGUGCUAAGUAAGGAAUCACUUCGACGGUUUUACACGGCGCACACAAAUCCGAAUUCAUCAUGUCGAAAAGAUGGUGGUGCUGAAGACGUCGAAGUUGCCAAAUGUCUUCGAAACGAAGGUGUAUAUCCCGGCAAGUCACUCGACGAUCAAAAUCGUGAACUCUUUCAUCCACUUCCAUUCCAUGAUCAUUUCCGAGGCUCAUUUCCCGAUUGGAUGCUGUCCUACGCAGAAAAUCCACUAGAAGCUAAAUACGGCUGUUGUGGUGAUCAAACGAUAUCGUUUCAUUACGUAUCGCCCGAAGAUCAAUAUCUAAUGCAUUUUCUACUUUACAAAAUUCGACCAAUAUCUCCUAUCCACAGAAGAUCCAUCGAUAGAUUUGCUCGUUCUACAGCACCGGUGACAUCAUAA